AUGGUGCGUGUUCUCCAGUCUCUUCUUCUCCUGGCGGCCAGCCUCACAACCACCCUUGCUGCCGACGACUCCACCACCGUCGUUCAAAUUCUCAACGGUCACUACAACACCCUCGCGUUUAGCGACCUGCGAGGCAGUGUCGUGGGCGGCGAUGCCCAAGCGACCACCUACGCUGUGAACUGCAAGGAGGACUCUUCUUCCUGCCCUCUCACCAAGCCGAUCACCAUCACCCAAGGCCCGUCCACCUUUACCAUGAGUGCGGUUUACACCAUGACCACCAUGGGUGCCAAGGGUACUGGGACGAUUGUGCAAGACUGCGAUAUUACCUCGUCGACGGCCACUGCUGUUUGCUCCGUUUCGCUCGGUGCCAAAGUCGAAUACAAAGGCCAGUCCACUUCUACUUCGCUCGCGACCACGGCCACUGCCACCGGCUCGGCUGAGGUCCUCUAUGAGCCCUUGACCAUUACGGCCGGUCUGGGCAAUUUCAACAAGGCCGGUCCCACUGGCGCGACUGCCACUGGAGCCGCUGCGGACAACCACGCAGCUCGGGUGGGCAUGGCUGGGGCUGCUGCUGCUGCUGUCGCGGGUGCUCUUGUCCUGUAA